AUGCCGGCAUACAGCGACAACUACUUGCUGAAAACCGACAUCAACCCACGCUCUGAGGCGUACCCAGUAAGCCUCAAACUCAAAAAAGGAGGUAGAGCGAUCACCGUGGAGAAGGAAGAACAACGAAGAAACAUCAGAGCAAUCGGAAUCCGAUCCCUGUGCAAGCAAUUGCAACAACCUGCCCUUCGUCUGAGACAAGCAGGCAGUAGACCUGCCAACAUCGAGGAAGAAACAUUCUGGGGCUGUCAACCUUCUGCUCAGGCUUACCAGCGAGUGCAAGCGAGCGGGUGGCCCACGCCGUGA